AUGAGCCCGAUCGUGCCGGAGACGUUCCAACUUGGCGAUAUGGAUAUAGCUGCUGUACAACCCUUCAUGGAUUUCAUGUCUCCUCCAGAGUGCUUUUGUCAAUUCGCUUCGGCCAGAGAAGCCUCUUCCGCUCGGGGGCUACAUUUCGAGCUAUAUACCUCCAAGAGAGAAGAUGGAACCACAGUUGCUCUGCUCCAAAGGGAGCGUCUGACCCGGUCCAGUAUGUUUGGGCGAGAGAGACUGUCAUUCGGUGAGGUGGCUAGAGAAUGGAGUAUCGAUUUCGACCCUAGGAUCCAGCCGUCAGAGAAUCUUGAACGUCUACUAAGCCUAGCCUCGAGGCUGCGUCAAUUUGCUACCAUCUUUACACCGGGCCCUGACGUUCUCGCGCCGCUAUUGAAAUUCCACGUCAACGCUACCAAAUUGGACGCGGUUCUUCAGAUGAACCAAGUCUAUUUACUGCAGAGUUCUAGCCAGGAACUUGUCCCUGACCGGCAAACCCAGUUCAGGGACGAGAUCUUCUAUCGUUGCCUGUACAUCUACUCCUUUCAGAACUACACGCAGUACGGGCUCACGGCGCAGCACGUCCAGGGCAGCAACCGAUAUUUUCCAUGCCUCGGCCCCAACAUCACGUUGGGCUGCUGGAUAUACGAAAUGGGUAUCCUGGAGGAGCCAGUUGACGCCCAUUUCGCUAGCAACGGCCUGGUCCAGAUGCACGGCUUCGGCACCGGGGAGAUCCGGUGGCUCCAGAACAACCGCAACCCCACAGAGCGACGGGAGCAGCUGGAUACUCUCGAGAAGUACCACAUCCUCAGGGCCUGGCUCGGGGAGCCAGCCGUCGCGGAUCUCGCCGAGCAGCUGCGCUAUUGCUGUCUAACUAUCCGCGACUCGAAGGCCGCCGGCAACUGGGGAAACACGGAAAACAACAGGGCAAGGUAUCGGAGGCUGUGCGCAGUCCGCGUGCGCGAGUUCAAGAUCGCCAAGAUCAUGGCUGAGCGCAUCUGGGACGAGGUCGACGAGACCCGGGGGACACGACGCUCGCGACCCCUUCUGAGGGAACGUGUGGUCUCGCACGACGGGAGGGUCGUGACCAUCUCGGGAGGAUGGAAGAACCUGCAAAUGGAGGACAAAAGCCGCCUGCUGGGCGGGCCGACGGAGUAUCAUACAUGUCACCCGGAGUUCGCGGCUCUGAGUCAGUUCUGGCUGCAGGAGGCAGUAGUCGCGGCUGCACCGGCUCCGACGGAACCGCUCACAGAGCCACCGUCUACACCGGCCCGUAUGCUGGUACCGGAGGAUCCGGUCAUGGCGGUGCCUCGUUUGACACUUUCGGAUUCCACACAGUCUACAGAAAUUACAGUUCGUGAGCAUGGAAUACACAGGGGACCCUGGGAUCCCGGAGUCGUCGGGUUCAUGAAACGUCCUCGUUCACUUCCUACGUUCCCGCCCUCCCCAGCAUAUCAGGUCCUUCGACAGACGCUCAGACGGGUCGACGAAAUGGACAAGAGGCGUGUGCGGGAGAAGAGUCCUCUAUGCCCUAUGGGACAGUUCAUGUAUCGCAGGCCAGUGACGUUACAGCGAAAUCCAUCUUGA